UUCCAGGUUGACUUAAUCUGAAGGGGGUUGGGUUUCUUUCAAUGGGACCCAUUAAAGGGUUCAAAAGAAGAAGAAAAACAGCAGACAAGAAGGUGGUUGACCAGAGUGUCUUGCCUCCUCCUUCUACCAUUGUUCCUUCUUUGGGGUAUCAACCUCAGCCUUUGGAUUGGUGGGAUGAGUUCUCCAAGAGGAUUUCAGGCCCUUUAUCCCAAUCGAAGGGUUCAAAAAAUUUUGAAUCGGUUUUCAGAAUUUCAAGAAAGACAUUCAACUACAUCUGUUCACUAGUGAAAGAAGAUUUGAUGGCUAGGCAAUCGAACUACACUGAUAUAAAUGGCAGGCCUUUGUCUCUAAAUGAUCAAGUUGCCGUUGCUCUUAGAAGGCUUAGCUCUGGUGAAUCAUUAUCGAUCAUUGGAGAUACUUUUGGGAUGAAUCAGUCGACUGUUUCUCAGAUAACCUGGCGGUUUGUCGAAGCCAUGGAGGCAAGAGGGCUGCACCAUCUCAGUUGGCCUUCAAAUGAAGCAGAGAUGGAGGCAAUAAAGUCCAAGUUGGAGAAAAUAAGGGGCCUUCCUAACUGCUGCGGUGCAAUCGACAUCACUCAUGUUGUCAUGACUCUGCCUACAAUAGACCCUUCAAACCAUGUCUGGUUUGAUCGAGAGAAGAACUACAGCAUGCUUUUGCAGGCAGUUGUGGACCCCGAGAUGAGGUUCCGUGAUGUGAUUGUUGGGUGGCCAGGGAGUUUAAGUGAUGCCAUCGUCCUCAGGAGCUCAGGCUUAUUCAAACUUUCCGAAGAAGGAAAGAGGCUAAGCGGAAAGAAGCUAAACAUUUCCGAAGGAACCGAGAUAAGAGAAUAUAUUAUAGGGGAUGCAGGUUUUCCCCUAUUGCCGUGGCUUUUGACUCCGUAUCAAGGAAAAGGCCUCUCGGAUCUUCAAAUCGAGUUCAACAAACGACACGCUGCAACCAGAAUGGUAGUGCAGAUGGCACUGGCGAGGCUCAAGGAGAUGUGGAGAAUAAUACAUGGGGUGAUGUGGAUGCCUGAUCGGAACAGAUUGCCGAGAAUCAUCCUCGUUUGCUGCUUGUUGCACAACAUUCUUAUCGAUCUCGAGGACGAAGUGCUGGACGAUAUGUCGCUGUCUCAUCAUCAUGACAUCGGUUACUGUCGACAAUACUGCGAAUCGUCUGAUCAGGCCGCCUUGGUUAUACGAGACAAGCUCUCUCUCUACUUGACAGAAAAAUUGCCACCUUGAAAAUACCGUAUCACUCGUCUCUCCACCAUGGUAGUUUUCCCAGAUAUUUCUCCUUAAUUCGCAAAGGAAGCGAGUCCAGAGACAAAUUUAUGUUGAUUUUUACCUCUGUUGGUCGAACCGGAAAGUACUAUUUUGAAGCAGCUCAUCCGUUUUCAGCUUU